UCUUCCGUUGCUUUGGAGUUGCAACUUGCUCCUCCAAAGCAACCCUUUGUUUUACAGGAAAAAAAUAAGAGAGAUUAUAGAGAUGACUGGGGCUCCAGAAGGUGAAAGUGUUUCUCUCGAUCUUCUCAAGAAAAAGAUGAUUGAGUUCGCCAAGGAAAGAGAUUGGGAGCAGUUCCACAGUCCGAGAAACCUCCUUCUGGCUCUGGUGGGUGAAGUUGGAGAACUCUCUGAAAUAUUCCAGUGGAAAGGAGAGGUUCCGAAGGGACUGCCUGAUUGGAAAGAGGAGGAGAAAGUGCACCUGGGUGAAGAGCUUUCAGAUGUUCUGCUCUAUCUUGUUCAGCUCUCCGACAUCUGCGGCAUUGAUCUCGGCAAAGCUGCACUCAGAAAGGUAGAACUUAACGCUGCCAAAUACCCAGUUUCGAAGAAGAAAAGCCAGACCGACAAUAAUGUCACCGGGAGCUGUUGAUUUCUGUGCAUUAAAAACACCGACACCCACACACAUAUAUAUACCUACAUAUAAUUCUUCAUUGAGCUAGCUGUAUGGGUGUUUUAGGUGCGGUAGGGGUUCAUGAUGCUAGAAGACUGAGGAUAGACCUAAAAAGGAAGGGUUUUCAAGUUUCACUGCAUGGAGACUAAUGUUACAAUGUAUAUGGGUGGCUUGUUUGGCAUUUAUUCUCAGAGUUUUUUCUUACUGUUUUGGCCAAGUGAAUCGAAUUCCAUCUGACCAAUGAGAUAUAUAAUAUAUAUUCACGUUUGUCUUAA